AUGCUGCGAGGACACUGUAUAGUACAAGAGAUUUUUAAUUCAAGUGCAACUUAUCAUAUUUAUUUAGGUACUACCACGACUACAACUCCAUCAUCUCCAGAUAAACCAUUGUCAUGUUUAGCCGCUACACAAAUACAUGAUGAAUUAACUACUACUUAUGGACAAGGUGUUGUUUCAUAUUGUACAGUUGCUAAUUGGGUUCAUCGAUUUUCAAGUGGAUCCGAGUCAUUGGAAGAUGAUCUUUGA